UGUAACCAGAGGCAAGAAGAGUGAAUAGGAGAGAUGGGGGGGUCUGCACUGAUGGGCUGCUGAUGCUAAGAAGGUCAUCAGUCUGUGGUACUGGUAUGGAAAGGAGAUGGGUGAGGCACUGAAUUGUAGUCGCAGUAUGGGAGAGCCAAGUUUAUGACAGCAGUCACACCUUUCUCGUGCUUGUGCAAACCUGCUUUUGAAGUCCAAAACCAUUUCAACAUUUUAUAAUCAUCAAUCUCCUGACAUGAAUCCAGUUGCGUGCAAACUGCUAAACACGUGAAACAGUAAAUCAAAAGGGCAAAAGUGUCAUUGCCAAGUGCUAUAUUUGAGUAGGUGGAUUGAAGCCUCAAAAGCUUUCAAACCACCCAACUCGCUCUUGCAUGGAUUUCUUUCCACCUUACAACAUGCUGAUGGCAAUGCUUCUCCCCUUCUUGUGCUGCUUGAGUACUGCUGCUGCUGGGAAGUUGCUGGUGGUCCCGAUGGACGGCAGUCACUGGCUCAGUAUGAAGGAAGUGCUGACUGUACUGAGCAGAAAAGGGCAUGAAAUAGUUGUUGUAGCACCAGACAGCAAUAUCCUCAUAGAUUCUUCAGGGACUUUCACGACGAAGACGUAUCCUGUACCAUACAAGAAGGAAGAGAUAGAAGAGCUUUUGCAUACUUUUGUCAUGAACGGUUUCAAUGAACGGCCUUUUCUUACCAGAUUUUUGGAUACUUGGGAACAUUUUAGAAAGUCUUCUGCUAUAUUUCAAGCUGCCUGCAGUUCCUUACUGUACAAAAAAGAGCUGAUGAAAUUUCUGGAAGAAAGCAAAUUUGAUGCAGUCUUUACAGAUCCUCUGACACCCUGUGGACAAAUAGUUGCUCUGCAUUUGUCUAUUCCUAGUGUUUUCUUCUUGCGGGGUGUUCCAUGUUCUAUAGACACUUAUGCUGCCCAGAGCCCAAGCCCACUGUCCUAUGUCCCACGAUGGUUCUCAUUCAGUACAGAUCAUAUGACAUUUCCUCAGAGAGUGAAGAACGUACUGAUAGGCAUUUCAGAGUAUUUUACCUGCAGCAUUAUCUUUUCACAAUUUGAAAGACUGGCCUCAGACUUUCUCCAAAAGCCUAUGACAUUGACACAGCUUCUAAGUCACGGAUCUAUUUGGCUGAAGAGAACUGACUUUGCCUUUGACUAUCCCACGCCUGUGAUGCCCAGUAUGGUUUUCAUUGGAGGCAUAAACUGUGGAAGGAAGAAGCUGUUACGUCAGGUUAGUGAGUGACUGGGAAAUGUUCUG